AGCCGCGGAGCACGCAUCGCCUUCCUCCUCCUCAUCCUCCUCCUCCUCCUCCUCCUCGUUCCUCGGCGCAAGCUGCCCUUCGCUUCAAUGAAACUGGCAGCGAUGAUCAAGAAGAUGUGUCCCAGCGAGGCCGAGCUGAGCAUCCCCGCCAAGAACUGCUACCGCAUGGUGAUCCUGGGUUCCUCCAAGGUGGGCAAGACGGCCAUCGUCUCCCGCUUCCUCACCGGCCGCUUCGAGGAGCAAUACACCCCCACCAUCGAGGACUUCCACCGCAAGUUCUACAGCAUCCGGGGGGAGGUCUAUCAGCUCGACAUCCUGGACACAUCGGGCAACCAUCCCUUCCCCGCCAUGCGCCGCCUCUCCAUCCUCACAGGAGAUGUGUUCAUCCUCGUGUUCAGCCUGGACAACCGGGACUCCUUUGAGGAGGUGCAGCGCCUGAAGCAGCAAAUCCUAGAGACCAAGUCGUGCCUGAAGAACAAAACCAAGGAGAACAUCGAGGUGCCCUUGGUCAUCUGCGGCAACAAAGGUGACCGUGACUUUUACCGGGAGGUGCAACCCCGGGAGAUCGAGCAGUUGGUAGGAGGGGACCCCAAGAAAUGCGCUUACUUUGAGAUCUCGGCCAAGAAGAACAGCAGCCUGGACCAGAUGUUCCAGGCUCUCUUUGCCAUGGCCAAGCUGCCCAGUGAGAUGAGCCCCGACCUGCACCGCAAGGUCUCGGUCCAGUACUGCGACAUCCUGCAUAAGAAGGCGCUGAAAGGCAAGAAGCUGCUGAAGGAGGGGGGCCGGGGCAGCUCGGAGGAGGCGUUCGGCAUCGUGGCCCCCUUCGCCCGGCGCCCCAGUGUCCACAGCGACCUCAUGUACAUCAGGGAGAAAGCCAUCGGUGGGGGGCACAGCAAGGAGAAGGAUCGCUGUGUGAUCAGUUAGGAGCUGUGCCCACCAUGGGAAGGAAGGAAGGAAAGACUGGAGGGGGGGAAAGAUGCUUGUUUCCGAAUUGAGUUUGGGCAGGCACCCACCUAGAGAGGGGUUUGCCUCUUUCCCCAGCUUCCCUUAUCCCAAGGCAUUGCUUUCAUCAUCUCCCUUCCCUCCGGGGGGGGGGGAUUUUGGGAUGCAGGGAUGCGAAGGGGGAGGCUUAGGAAGGCAGGAUGGGGAUCUCCUUGGGAGCAGCCUCCUCCAGGCAGAGAGACAGGGAAAGGGUGAGCUGCUGGGCAGCCAGAUGGGAGGAUUAGUGCGGAGGGCACACUUUGGUGUUUCUUUCCCUCCCAAACCACCUUCAGGAGGGGAGGGCAGGGACCUGCCCGUGCCCGCUUGGGGGUUUGGGGUUGGUUCCUGUUGUUUUCUUACCUUGAGAAGCUGAGCACGGACUCUGGCUCUCUGUCCUGUGUGGGUCUGUGUCUAUGGAACACGUGCAGAAGACACUCCUAAGCUGUUGCAAAGGCAUUGCAGGGUUACAGU